AUGGAUUUCAAACCAUUGCUUAGGCGCGUUGCCUUGAUAGUCCGCGCAAUCCUGACAUUCCUCUUCGCCCUGGUGGUGCUGGGAGUGAUGGUGUGGGCCUACAUCCAGGGCAUCCAGCUGGUCUCUUCCCCGUAUGGCAUCAUCUCGUUCGGUUUCUACGGGCUCUUACUGGGGCUCCAUGUCCUCGUCCAGAGCCUGUUUGCCUAUGUGGAACACCGCCGCAUGAGAACCCAAAGUAAGACCUGCACCUUCACCAAGACCAUAGGCUUCACAAUCUCAGCCUACCAGGAAGACCCUGAGUACCUGCGCGAGUGCCUCAACUCCAUUCGGGCUCUCAAGUACCCUCCGGAGCUGCUGCGGAUCAUCAUGGUUGUGGACGGGAAUUCGGACGAUGACCUCUACAUGCUGGAGAUGUUCAGGGAGGUGUUUGCGGACCAGGACCCUGGCUGUUACGUGUGGAGGAAUAACUACCAUGCGUGGGAUCCCAUCCAGACUCAGGAGGGAGACAUGUGUGAGGUGAAUGGCCCAGCCGGGGAUGCUGGUUAUGGACCGGGGGAAGACCCUCAGAGGAGGGAUGUGGAGGAUUUAAUCAACAGCCGGAGGUGUGUGUGCAUCAUGCAGAAGUGGGGUGGAAAAAGGGAGGUGAUGUACACUGCGUUUAAGGCACUGGGAUUGUCAGUGGAUUACAUACAGGUAUGUGACUCUGACACCAAGCUGGACCCCCUUGCCACAGUGGAGCUUUGUAAGGUUUUAGAAAGCAACCAGAAGUAUGGAGCGGUGGGAGGAGACGUGAUGAUCCUCAACUUAAAGGAGUCCUACAUCAGCUUCAUGAGCAGCCUGCGCUACUGGAUGGCUUUUAACAUUGAGAGGUCCUGCCAGUCCUUCUUCAACUGUGUCUCCUGCAUCAGUGGCCCUCUUGGUCUGUACAGGAAUGACCUCCUCCAACAGUUCUUAGAGUCCUGGUAUAACCAGAAGUUCCUGGGGACUCACUGUACAUUUGGGGAUGACAGGCAUCUCACAAACCGUAUGCUCAGCAUGGGCUAUGCCACUAAAUACACGGCCCGCGCCAAGUGCUACACAGAGACACCGGGCCAGUUUCUCCGCUGGCUCAACCAGCAGACGCGAUGGACCAAGUCCUAUUUUCGUGAGUGGCUCUACAACGCAAUGUGGUGGCACAAACACCACCUGUGGAUGACCUACGAGUCCAUUGUCUCGGGUGUCUUCCCCUUCUUCGUGACUGCCACCAUCAUCCAGCUUUUUUGGACAGGCACCCUCUGGGACAUCCUCUGGGUCCUGUGCUGCAUUCAGCUCAUUGGUCUGGUCAAGGCGGCCUAUGCCUGCAUCCUGCGCCGUGACAUGGUCAUGGUGUUCAUGUCCCUCUACUCAGCCCUGUACAUGACCAGCCUGUUGCCCGCUAAGUACUUUGCCAUCAUCACCAUGAACAAGAGUAGCUGGGGCACAUCAGGGCGCCGCAAGAUGGUGGGGAACUACAUCCCCCUGCUGCCUCUUUCAGUGUGGGCAACCCUUUUGCUGGGUGGGUUCUGCUACACCAUUUUCAAGGAGAGCCAGAAGGGCUGGUUUACUCCAGUCAAGGUACUGGAGAGUAGGUUUCUAAUCUAUGGCUGUGUGGCAUACGUAUGUUACUGGUUCAUCAUGAUCUUCCUCUACUGGGUGUGGUUCCGGAGACUGUGUAGGAAACGCUCCCAAAGAUAUGCUGUGAGCGUAUGA